GGACGCAGCGCGGGGGCGCGCCGCGCACGGGAACGUUCAGUUCUGCAUCAUCUCUCCAUCUUUCCAAGGACAGACAGCGGACUGCCUCUGUUCACAGAGGGGAAACGUUACAGCGCUGCCGCUGGGAGUAGAAAUGUAAGAGCUGGAAAGGAGCAACACGGCGGACCGAAGCGGUCAGUGAUGACAACACCAAAGUACAAUCUGAAAACACCCAGAUCAUAACCGCAUCACCAUGGCAACGGGAAGAAAAGGCUCCACGUCCAAAGCAGGCGGGGUUCGUUUCCCUGACGAUGACGAACCUCCAGGUUCUCCGACCCGCAGGGACGACCAGUCCAACCUCUCCACCCUCGUUGCUGUCCAAGAGAAAGACGGAAGCUACUUGGUUAAGGCCGGUUUCCUUAAGAGUCACCACUGCUAUGAGAUUGUCUUCACUGUCCCAGAUGUGCCCAGUCUGGGCAAGGAGCUCACCUGUCUCCCGUCCCUCUCUCCGACUCGGCGGGCCCAGAACCUCCGGAUCCAACGCAUUAACUCCAUGUUGGAAGGAGGAGUGAAGGUGACAUGUGAGUACAGGACUCACCAGGAAGGAGUUGUCCAGGAGGAGAUGACUGUUUCGGCUAAAGGACGAAAAGACAGCAGCUUGAAGAUCAAACUCCAGGCCAAAAUCAUUGACCCUCACCAUGGGACCCCCAUGCUGCUGGAGGGGGUCCGGUGCCUGGGGGCCCAGAGAGACCCCCACGCCAGGCGCAGCAGCGAGCGGAAGAGGAUAUGACAAAAACAGACUCAAAGCCACUAUCUUUAUACAUGUAUAUGAAGAUGUAAUAAUUAUUAUGUUACAGGUUCAAGGCUCACAGUGGGCUGUGGAAACGGCCUCAUGUGUGUCCCUGUUUACAAACCGUCAUGGAUUUGUGAUGCUGUUAAAGUAUUUAUUGAAACAGUGGGAAUGAUGCAGCAUGUUGAAUUUCCACUGUAGUUAUGCUGGAUUAUGGCUCUAAUAUACAUAUAAAAUGUUUAAGUAAUGAUUCCUCUGCUGUGAAAAAGAUGAGCUAGUUACACUCUGCACUUUUUUUGGUUUUGUUUGAUAAGCCACGAAGCCUCCAUGCUGGAGAGGCUAUAAAACCAGCACGAACAGUAGCCAGCGUACGAUCUAUCACCCAAACCUGCAAUCACUGCCAGGCGAAAAUCAUCAUCAACAACAUCAUCAUCAUCAGCAGCAGCAGCAGAUGACAUCACAGUCAUAAAGACAGCAACCCAUCAGAGGGACCAAAAUUAAAGGAGACCUAUCAUGCAAAAUUUAUAUUUAGCAUGUUUUUGCACUUCCAUUUGGGUUUCUACUGCUUCUAAAAACAGACCAAAAAAUACUCAGCAGUUUUUUUAGCAAUACGUUAAUAUUUUUGGUGUCUGGAAAAUGAGCCAUUUCAAAAACCUCCAGAAUGUGGCGUCACAAAUCAACAGGCACUACCUGUUACCUAGCAACCACAGCAGAGCUGCACCACAUUUGGUCAGCUGGAUGAGCUGCAUAAUGGCUGCUGGAAAAGACAAGCGUUUUGUUG